AUUGAACGUAUUUCCACGUUGGUUCUUGUCAACAUUUAUUUUUAGAAAGUGGAAGUUCCCACACAUCUGGUCAUUCUUUUCCUCAACGCGUUUGUUUCAAAGACACCAAUAUGGUUUUAGCGGACUUAGGGAGGAAAAUCACCUCAGCACUCAGGGGACUCAGCAAUGCAACCAUUAUUAAUGAAGAGGUGUUGAAUGGCAUGCUGAAAGAAAUAUGUUCAGCAUUGCUUGAAGCUGAUGUCAAUGUACGUCUUGUUAAACAAUUGAGGGAAAAUGUCAGGUCUAUCAUUGACUUUGACGAGAUGGCAGGAGGUCUCAACAAGAGGAGGAUGAUACAGUCAGCAGUUUACAAGGAACUUGUCAAGCUUGUUGAUCCAGGAGUAAAAGCAUGGCAGCCAACAAAAGGUAGAAACAAUGUUAUCAUGUUUGUGGGUCUGCAAGGAAGCGGUAAAACUACCACAUGUACAAAGUUAGCAUAUUACUAUCAGAAGAAAGGAUGGAAGACGUGUUUGAUUUGUGCCGAUACAUUCCGUGCGGGAGCCUUUGAUCAGCUAAAACAGAAUGCAACAAAGGCUAGAAUACCAUAUUACGGAAGUUACACUGAAAUAGAUCCAGUUGAGAUUGCUAAAGAUGGUGUGGACAAAUUUAAGUCGGAGAAUUUUGAGAUCAUCAUAGUGGACACCAGUGGUCGUCACAAACAGGAGGAUUCUCUCUUUGAAGAAAUGUUACAAGUGUAUACAACAGUAUCUCCAGACAAUGUUAUAUUCGUUAUGGAUGCCUCUAUAGGACAGGCUUGUGAAGCACAGGCUAAGGCCUUUAAGGAGAAAGUAGAUGUUGGUUCAGUUAUCAUCACAAAGUUAGACAGUCAUGCUAAAGGUGGUGGAGCGCUUAGUGCUGUUGCAGCAACAAAGAGUCCUGUGAUAUUUAUUGGUACAGGAGAACAUACAGAUGAUUUUGAACCUUUCAAAGUGCAGCCUUUUGUCAGCAAACUUCUAGGUAUGGGAGAUAUAGAAGGGCUGAUAGACAAAGUCAAUGAACUUAAACUAGAUGAUAAUGAAGAGUUAAUGAAGAAAAUCAAACAAGGUCAUUUUACAUUAAGGGACAUGUAUGAACAGUUCCAGAAUAUUAUGAAGAUGGGACCAUUUGGUCAGAUAAUGAACAUGAUUCCUGGCUUCAGUUCAGAUUUUCUCACUAAAGGAGGGGAACAAGAAUCUAUGGCUAGACUGAAGAAACUCAUGACCAUCAUGGACAGUAUGAGUGAUGAAGAAUUGGACAGUUUAGAUGGCGAGAGAUUGUUUACAAAGCAGGCAGGUCGCACUCAGAGAGUGGCACGAGGCGCUGGCGUCUCUGUCAGGGAGGUGAAUGAAUUACUCACACAGUACAAGAAGUUUGCUCAGAUGGUCAAGAAGAUGGGUGGAAUUAAGGGAUUGUUCAAGGGUGGUGAUAUGAGUAAGAAUGUUAAUCCAGCACAGAUGGCCAAAUUGAACACACAAAUGGCAAAAAUGAUGGAUCCAAGAGUUUUACAUCAAAUGGGAGGUAUGCAGGGUCUACAGAAUAUGAUGAGACAGUUCCAGCAAGGAGCCGGUGGUAAAGGAGGCGGGGGCAUGGGGAAUAUGUUCGGAUAAUGAAAAAUUGUGUUCUUUAAAAGCUUCAAAUUAAAGUAAAACCCACUUUUUAGCCUUCUAAGGUGAAAAGAAACUUGAGGAAAACUAGUCAAGUUCCUUUGAGGCUGGAAACACUUUAUCAUGAAAAGAAAUUAUAAUUGUGAAACAUUUCAUGAGGUCUACUGAAAUCUUCAAUAGUGGAAGUGUGUGGCAAAUGAGUGAUGAACUGGAUAGCACCAAAUCAGAAACUUUAUCAUUUAAGAAAUGAUAAGUUCCCAAGGGUGGUUUAUCGUAAAAUAAAUGUUUUGAGUUCUUAUGCUUAAGAAUAUAUCACAAAGGCUGUAGGCCUGAAUGAUAUAUUGUUUUGCAUAAAUCACUUGGGAACUUGUUAUUUCAAUUCUAACACGACAUACUAGAAUCAACAGUGUUAUAAAAAAUGGUAACUGCUUUUUACGACAUGAACUACACUUAGAGCUACACACCUGGAUCAUUCUGUUCAAAAAGGAUGACGUCACUACUUUGCACGAGUAUAUGUUAUCGCAAAAUAACUGUUGAUUGAUUUUUCCUAUGUGUAUACAGGUUAUUUGCUGGUCGUGUUAGAAUUAACUUUUAUUUACUAUAAACUUGGCACAAAUCGAUCGAAAUGUACUACAUAUGGAUGUGCCAUUGUGGGUUAAAAAUGCAGGAAUUUUUAACUUUGUUUAAACAGUUUUGAACAUUAUGUAAUUUCAUUUUGGUUGUUAAUCGCUAGUGCUACAGAAAAUUUCUGCUGUUUUAUAGCAUUGAAAGUUAUGAGAAACUGUGUUUACUUAUGCGGGAAACACAAAUUUGAUUUAUAAAUAAGAGGAAUUUUAACAAAUUCUAAAUAAAUAUAAAUGCAAGGGAAUAUUGUGUAUUGUUUUACAAAAUACUAUUAUUAAGUGCAGAUUUUGAAUGUUUAUUUAUAUAGAAAGAUGUUUUUAUGCCCCCGAAGGGAGGCAUAUAGUUUUUGAACCGUCUGUCCGUCUGUCAGUCAGUCUGUCCGCAAUUUUCGUGUCCGGUCCAUAUCUUUGUCAUCGAUGGAUGGAUUUUCAAAUAACUUGGCAUGAAUGUGUACCACAGUAAGACGACGUGUCGCGCGCAAGACCCAGGUCCGUAGCUCAAAGGUCAAGGUCACACUUAGACAUUAAAGGAUAGUGCAUUGAUGGGCGUGUCCGGUCCAUAUCUUUGUCAUUGAUGGAUGGAUUUUCAAAUAACUUGGCAUGAAUGUGUACCACAGUAAGACGACGUGUCGCGCACAAGACCCAGGUCCGUAACUCAAAGGUCAAGGUCACACUUAGACUUUAAAGGAUAGUGCAUUGAUGGGCGUGUCCGGUCCAUAUCUUUGUCAUCCAUGGAUGGAUUUUCAAAUAACUUGGCAUGAAUGUGUACCACAGUAAGACGACGUGUCACGCGCAAGACCCAGGUCCGUAGCUCAAAGGUCAAGGUCACACUUAGACGUUAAAGGUCAUUUUUCAUGAUAGUGCAUUGAUGGGCGUGUCCGGUCCAUAUCUUUGUCAUUCAUGCAUGGAUUUUAAAAUAACUACGCAUGAAUGUGUGACACAGUAAGAUGACGUGUCGCGCGCAAGACCCAGCUCCGUAGGUCAAAGGUCCUAAACUCUAACAUCGGCCAUAACUAUUCAUUCAAAGUGCCAUCGGGGGCAUGUGUCAUCCUAUGGAGACAGCUCUUGUUGUUCUUCAGAUUGAACUUUUUUUUUUUGUUGUAAAUGGCCAAUAGUUACUGUAUUAGUUGCCUUUUAGAGACAGAAGUGCUUAAUGACAUUUUGCAGUGUGAAAUGAAGAUAGAAUUCACACAUUGCAACAUAAAAUUAACAUUUCACAGAAGGAGAGUCUCUGAUAGUUCGCUGGAGGUAUUAUUAUUAUAUGGAAUUGUAAGAAAACACAUUAUUUAUCAUGUUUGUACAUUCUUUUUUCAUCAUUUGAUUACUUUAAA